AUGUUGCGGCCGGCGACACCCCUUGCGGUGUUGCUCGGCGUCGCGUUCGCUCUGCUGCUUAUAGCAGUGUUGUCGACUCCCAUUAUCAAGCAGAUCCCCCUCGGUGCCUUCCACGGCGUCACUUUUGGCGUCUUUGGAGUGUGCAAGGCGGAUGGAACUUGCAGCAAGAUUGAGAUUGGCUAUAACACUGGUCAAUUUCUCUCCUCCGACGACAAUGCAGACUUCAACCUGCCCCCCGCGGCCAGGAAUACCUUGUCUUCCAUUCUAGUUGUCCACCCGGUCGCUGCACUCUUCACCCUCAUCAUGUUUGUCAUGUCUAUUGUCGCCCAUUUCCACUCUCCCUCUCACUCGAUCCGCUAUCUGCUCUUUCUCUUCAUCGUGAGCAUCUUUGCUUUCCUCGCUUGUCUUCUGGCAUUCCUCAUCGACGUGCUGCUCUUCGUUCCCCAUCUUGCUUGGGGAUCUUACCUCGUUCUGGCCGCCACCAUUCUCGUGGCCCUGAGCGGCAUCAUAUCUUGCGCCAUGCGGAGGACCCUGGUCAGCAGAAAGACCAGGAAGAAGCGCAUCGCAGAGAAUGCCGAAAUGAGCGGAGAGAACUACUACAACAGGCAAGCUCAGCAGCAAGCUGCUGCUCCUGUACCCAGCACCGCCAGGCAGCCUACCGUUCCUGUUGUAAGCGGAGCAAAUGGCGACGGCGAGAAGCUGCCCGCCUUUGCUACUUUCGAGAAGAAAGACGACAGGAGCAGCGACGAGCGCAUCCCCCUCACGGCUCGGAGUCCAGCCGACAUAUCUCCUAAUGCACAGUCGACUGACCUCGCGGUUGCUGGAGAUAUGGCCAUGAACGGACCUCCUGGCCCGAGAAGGUCGCCCUCGAUACCCCGGGACCAGUAUGGAAACCCCAUGCCCAUGCAGGAUGGGUACGGUGUUCGACGCGGGCCUUCCCAGGAGAGUAUGAACUCGCGUGGCCGUGGGCGCAUGCCUCCGGGAGGCUACAGGGGACGAGGAGGCUAUGGCCCACCGGGCGGCCGGGGAGGAUACGGACCGCCAGGACGAGGAGGAUACGGCCCGGGCCCGGGUGGUAGGGGCGGUUACGGCCCACCGCCUCGGGGCUAUGGCGGCCCAAUGAGAGGAGGCCGGCCACCACCACCAGGGUACCAGUACGAGCGAGCUGGGCCCUAUGGCAUGAGGGGCCCCUCGCCUGGACCUCCAAACGGACCUUACAAUUCUAACCCGUCCAUGCCCAGCAUGUCGACUGGAAGCUACGACCCCUACAACCCUGAAAUCAGGGCUUCAGACCUGCCACGUGCCGAGUCGCCACCACCAUUGCCUGGUACCAAUGGACCCUCACAGAUGGGGCAGGCAGUAGAGAUGGAUGCGGCAGCCAAUGGCCCUAGGCCGGGACCGCCAGGCUACGGCCCCCAGUAUGGCGGCCAGGUCAGGGAUAGUGACUCAGACAUCGCAGGAAUGGUGGGACUACAGCAAGGCAGGGGCCCUACCAGCGCCAACCGUCAUGACACCUACAUGAGUGACAACUCGAGGUACAGUCAGGACGGAGGAGGUGACUACGUUCCUCCUCGCGCAGCUUGGAAUCAGGGUGGAGGAGGCAGCGGCAGGAACUCACCUCGCAUGGGCUCCCCCCUGGGCCGCCCGGCAGAGCUUCCCGCCACGAGGAGUCCGCCACCGCCAGCACCGUCAGGCGGUAGCAACUACUACGAGGAUGUAGACCCUCGCUUUGCCGAGCCGCCGCAGCAGAGGCCGACCCCGCCACCCCCAAUCCAGGUCAGCAACUCGUACGAGGACAUCCCCCAAGGCGCCCGCAGCCCCGCUGAGUCGGAGCGGUCCAACUUCACCUCCAUCUCCCAACGAGGGAUCAACCCGCGCUGGAACCCACCGCCUCCAGCGCUGAUGCCGGGCUAUGGCGGCCCUCCUCCGCGGCGGCCCGUGAACCGCAGUGACGUGCUACUCAACAACAACCCGGACUUCCAGCUGCCCGGAAGAGCUGCCAACAACUCACCCCGCCCCGGAGGUCCCAACAACGGCAUGGUUCCUGGCAGCGCAUACCCGGCGAUAUAA